AGGAGACGUGUCUGGCGGGAAGGAAGAGGAGGAGGAGGCCAGCAUUGGUGCGCUAGGGAGGAGACUGGACAGGCCACCCAAGCCGCAAGGCGUCCGAGCCACAGCCACUUGCACAGCACUAGCCAGCUCGCCAGCUCUUGAGCGCACGGCAGCAGCAGCGGCAGCAUCGUCGCACGACCUCAGGCAAGGCUGACCGCCGAGGCACUUUGUACAGCGUCUACCGUCCCCCUAUGAAGAAGGGCAAGGGCAACCAGCAGCAGAACAACAGCAACGCCGCCGCCGCCGCCCCGGCACCCGCGCCGGCUGCCGCACCCGCACCUGCGCCCGUCGCUGCGCCUGCGCCGGCGCCCGCACAGGCAGAGGCAAGCAAGGCGAGCAAGAAGCGCAAGGCCGACGCCGACGCCGAGCCUGCCGCAGCCGCAGCUGCUCCCGUAGCGAGCAAGGAGGAGGACAAGGCGGCGCGCAAGGCUGCCAAGCGCGCGGCCAAGGAGGCGGCCAAGUCUGCUGCAUCCGCGCCCGCACCCGCACCUGCACCGGCGCCGGCGCCGAGCGUCGUCGAGGCCGCACCCGCACCGGCGGCCGAGGCCAAGGAGGCAAAGGAGAGCAAGGCCGAAAAGGCGGCGCGCAAAGAGGCAAAGAGGGCGAAGAAGGAGGCAAAGGAGGAGAAGAAGCUGGCGAAGCAGGCCAAGAAGGCCGCUGCACCUGCCGCUGCUGCCGAGUCUUCAAUCGUCGCGCCCGUCGUCAUAGCAGCGCCAAUCGCUUCUUCUUCUCGUCCAGCCGCUCGUCUGGUGGCAUCAGCGCCCAGCACACUCGGCAUGGGACCUUCAACUGCCUCCAGUUCCGGCACCUCCUCCCCACUGCAGAGCAGCAACAGCAUCUCUCGCAUCUCCGGCGGACGCGUCAAGCAACGUCUAGUGGGAUCCGCCUCGACGCGCAACUCUCGUUGGUCCUCCGACGUCUCGUUGCCGGGACACAAGUUGCUCUCGUCAAUGGGCUGGUCAGCGGGCCAGGGCCUCGGCUCGGGAGCUCAGGGACGCGCCGACCCACUUGCGGCGAGCUUGAAGCUCGACAAGAGCGGCAUUGGAGCUGCGCGCUAUGAGAGGGAGGCCAGGGCGGCGGGGAGACCUGAUGCAUGGACUGGCGCGGGAGGCGAACUCGGCGGCCUGUUCGAGCGAUUGAACGCUGCCGCGGCGGCUGCGGCGGCAGCAUCUCCGGCGCCGGAAGCAGUGGUCAUCGAGGCAGAGGCAGAGGGAUCACGCAAGCGUAAACGCGAUGAAACGGCAGAGGAGAAAGAUGCACGACGAGCGGCGAAGAAGCUCGAGAAGGCGCAAGAGAAGGCAGCACGCAAGGCGGAGAAGAAGGGCGAGAAGGCAGCGGCCGUCGAUCAGGUCAUCGGCGCCGUCGUCGCCGCCGAUCCGGAACUGGCGAAAGACGCAAAGGCGGUGCGCGCAUUGAAGAAGGAUGCGGCGGCUGGCAAGCCUAUCCGGCUCGCAUCACGAGCCAAGUUCCUGCGCGCCAAGCGCAUGGUCGGCUCGGACUCGGUCAGCAUCAACGAGAUUCUCGGCAUCACCACGCCCUCUGGUGCUUCUUCUCCCGCGCCCCUGUCAGCACAGAGCACUGCUGCGCCCACACCUCGUGCCGCUUCACCCUCUUCGAGUGUCGCAGAGACCAAGGCCGCCUCUAAGGCCGACAAGGCGUCCGCAGCCGAAGCCGCCGCGCGCGCGAACAUCGCAGCCACCGAAUCAGGCGAGCGUCCCAAGUCAAUGGUCGCCGUGACGGAGGCGCUGCCUCCCAGCGCAGACCCUUCCUUCGCCUCGGGCGGAGGCAUGAUUGUCUCGCCGCUCUCGGUGCAGGAGUAUCUCAGUCGACGGCUGACCGUCAAGAAAGCUGCCAUCCUGCGCGCGCAGCGCGAGAAGCAGAAGCAGGACGACGACGCUGUGUGGGCUCGCGCGGCGACUGUUGGCACUGCUGCUUGAGACGCUCGCUCGCAAUGCACACUGGUCACGCAGGCUGAGUGAUGCGUGACAUUGAGAUGGGAGCAGAGGUGCGGACCGGACCCCGAGGCUAGCUGUACUCUGUAGGUCGAUAAGCAUGCGUGCGGUUGAAGUC